UCCUCACUGCAGGAUGAUGUAGAAGCGAUGGGAAGCGGGCGCGAUGGCUGGCAUGGUCUGCAACGAUACGAGAACCAGCGCGGAAGAGGCUCAGCUGAUCUAUGCCAUCACCCUGCCUCUGUCCGCCGCCAUCAUCCUCGCCAACCUGUCCGUCAUCCUGGGCAUCACCUGCAGCCGGCAGCUCCACAACCCCCCCAACUACUUCUACCUGAGUCUGCUGGUGGCGGAUCUGGGCACGGGGGUGGCAGUGCCCUUUAUCCCCUGGAUGAACAGGAGUCGGUCUCUGGGCUUCUCCUCUUGCCUGCUGGUGCACGUCUUUCCCAACUUCCUGUUCCUGGCCUUCAUGUUUAACCUGGUGCUGGUUCAUUAUGAGCGCUACCUGAGCAUCGUCAGCCCGAUGCUGCCGGGACACUUCUGCCCGCGCCGGCACUUUAUCCCCGCCCUGCUGGCCGUGUGGCUGCUGCCGCUGCUCGUCUCCCUGCUGCCUGCUUUUGGCUGGAACAACCGGGAUGGGCGCGGUAAGGCCGGUGGUGGUUGCUGUGGUGUUUUGGAGAAUGCUAACACUACCACGGUUCACUCUGAGCUGAGUUCCUCAUCUCUAUUUAAAGACUCUUGUUGCACGUAUCACAUCGUCUUCACCGACGCGUACAUCUACCUGGAGGUUUACGGCCUGCUGACGCCCGCCGUCCUCCUGAUCGCCGCCAUGACGGGUCGGGUGCUGUGGAUCACCCGGGGGCAGCUGAAGGACAUCCAGCGGCUGCAGCGAGCCGUCACCACCGCAGAACGCCAGCGUAAGCUGGACCUGCGCUACGCCCGCUCUGUGGCCACCGUCUCGCUGGCCUUUCUGGCCUGCUGGUUGCCCUAUAUCAUCUACACUCACGUGAACAUGGCUUUCCUCCUGAACCGCCAGACACGCGUCAAUCAGACGGCUCAGAUCGUGCUGCUGUGCACCGGGUUGGGUGGCAUGGCUGCCGUGCCGCUGCUCUUGGGUCUCGCCAACAGGGAGUAUACUGACCCCGCCAGGAGACUGCUGUGUAAGGUGUGGCACCGCUGGCGCCGGACGCGGCCGCAGAGGGGUGUUAACCUUCGCGGGGGAGAUGCAUAUUAAGUACUGAUAUAGCUAAAGACGCUUGAGUUAUGAACAGAUCUUUUUUAUUAAGCUGUUGUGUUCGCUGUGUGGGAUAUUAUGCUGGUACAUCCAAAAAUUGAAGAAGAUCGGACAGCACUCGUAUAAUAUCCAAUAUAUUUAUUUGACUCACAGAUAAA